AUGGCCAAUUCCGGAGCUUAUCCGGGACACGGCCCUCUAGACGUAGCCAAAAUCCAAAAAGCAAUCGAACCAAAAACAUUAGAAACUAGAAACAUUUGUUUCUUUAAAUUUUUAUUUUUUUUUUUGGUUUUAUUCGUGAUCCUGAAGAUGUUUCGUGUUUUGUAUCUGACGGUAGCUGUGUUGGGUAUCGUGACUAGUGUUACUGUUUUGGGACUACCCCAUGCCCGGGCCAGUGAUCUCGGCUAUACGGAUAUCACACCGGUUACCGACGAUACUCGCUAUACGACCCUCCAUCCGGAUGUUGUUCUGACCGAAAUGGACAAGGUGAAGCACUCCAAGGGCAAUGUGGUCUUUACAGCAGGAGGACGCACUCCAGGCGACCGUGUCAUCGUCAAUCACUAUGAUUCCGAAAGCUUUCCCAGUGCCGUGGAUACGGAGGUCCUAAUGAAUUAUCCCUCGGGAACGAGUACUGGAAUCACUCUAACCUGCAUUGAGGUUUACGUGGAAAUGUCGGCAGAUGAUGCCGGUGGCUAUAUCACUGCUGGUGGCAUUGGAUUAACCAAUGUCGAGGUCCUGCUGACCUCCAACAAAACCCGAAACUUUGUCUACGAGACCUACAUCUAUGGCUACUAGACCUCCUCCACCACUCAAGAUCGAUCGUACGUUCUCUUCAGAUCUUUCAGCAACUAAUAAAGUUUCGCUUGGAAUCCAA